AUGCCUAAAUAUGCACAAGUGAUACAAUUAAGACUUAAAGAUUGGAAUGAGGCUAAAUUCUUGGAGGAGAAGGUAGAAUUGAGUGUCUCAAAAAAGGCUUGGUCUUACAUCUAUAUGGCUUAUAAUGAAAAUGUCAAUGAGGUUCAUACAUUGUUACAUUUAUUUGCUGAGGAUAAACCUGUCAUCUUUAAAGGAAUCUAGCAUUUCGUGCCUCAUUUUGUUGGUAUUUAUGUAGGAAAAGAUCCACAUUCAAGGAGAUUUUAAGGAGAACUUUAAAAAUGGGUUGCUCAAUAUGGAUAAGGUGCAUUUGUUGAUGUUUUGAAGAAGGGAUACGAAGACAACUUACCUAACUUUAGACACAUUUAGAUCAAUCAAAAAUAUCUAUGGUAUGAGAAAGAGGAUCGUGUAAUUCAAACUCCAGAAAAAGUGGAAGUAACAUUUACAUAAGAAACAGAAUCAGUAGAUGAAUAUGCUGUAGGGGUUUGGACAAGAUGGCUUACUGCUUUCCCGACUACUUUAGUUGAUAGAGCAGAUGUGCAUACUAUAUUUAGAUUCUCAAGCACACGAUAAUACUAAGAUAAAAGUGAAUUGGGAAAUAGAAUGUUAUCAGCAUUCCUUACAAAAGGUAAUUAUGAAUUCAGUACUUAUGAUGCAUCUAAACCAGCCAAUGCAGUUGAUGGGUAAUUGCCAUAUGACAGUAUUGAAGGAGAAUGGACUUAUGUUUAUGCAGCCUAUAAAAAUAAAUAGUUCUAUGGAAUGAUAUUGUUUAAGGAACAAUAGAAGGCUGUUCAUCUAACCUUAGAUGUAACUCAUUAGGUGCUUACUGGAUAUGCACACUUUGUAUUGGGAGCAAGUGAGUUCGGUUACAAAGCCUUCCAUGGAUGGUUUUUCGAUCCAAGAAUUUUCUUGGGUUCAGGAAGCUUCAUCAAUGAUUCCCAAAAAGUUGUUGAGAUGAUACAUAAAUUACAUCGUAAAUUGCCUGUCUCUCCACAAUAAGCUGAAGAUUUCAAAUGGCCAGUUACAAUGAUGGACACAACCAAUUGGGAGGACUUGGAUACCAAAAAGGACAAACUUAAUUAUGAAUUCACUGAUAAGGCUUAGAUAUAGUCAUACUCUUUCGGAUUUUGGUAUUAAAAUGCUGUUUUGUUGCCUGAGAUGGAAAAUGAUUUUAGAGGCUUAGUCAGAUUAACUACUAAUGGUCCAGAUACGGCUGGAGAUGAAAAAUUCAUUGGAGAUCGUACUCUUGCUGUUUUCACUAAGACUGAUCAAUUAUUGGCUAGUACAUAUACUAUAAAGGACCCUUCUUUCGAACCAGUUUCUCAUACAUUUGAUAUCAAAAAGCAUCUAUGGACCUUUGUUUACUUUGGAUACGAAAAAGGUCAGGCCAGAACCUACAUUUUGUUGCCAGAAGGACCUCAAGAUAAAGUACUUCUUGUAAAUCACAUAAUUCCUAAUUAAUUCUAUCUACACAUUGUCAAUGAUAUAGGCCAUCCUGCAUUCUGGGGUAAAAUCUAUGGAUUGAAAGUCAAUUUCGGAGAAGGAAGCUAUUUGGAAAAUCCAUUAGAACUAAUCGAUAGAUGGCCCUAUGAUCCAAAAUAACAUCAAGACAUUGAUAAGAAAGGGAAUAAGGCAUUAUCCAUUAAUUCUGCUAAAGUGUAAAAGUAGAAAUCUGAAGAGUUCAAGGAAUGAGCUUAUAAAUAACUUAUGAAAUAAUUAAAUUUAAUUAA